AUGUCUCUCCAGGACGCGCUCCUGAGGAACUACAGCAGCCACGGGAGUGGGGCGCUGCCGGUAGCCGACCCCUCCACCGCUAUCAACCUGCUCUUCGGCGUGGCGAUUCACCAGAUCAUUGAACUGCGAGGCUGGGACCAAACACUUGUCACACGUCUGUGGCUGCGUAUGUCAUGGCAGGACGAUUUCUUGCAAUGGAACCCUGACGACCAUGGCGGUAUCGAGACCUUGGUCCUGCCGGUCAAGAAGGUGUGGACUCCGGAUAUAUUCCUCUACAACAAUGUGGACGGAGAAGCAGGCGGCCUGGUGAAAGUGACAGACGUGGUGUUGAACAGCGACGGGACGGCGACGUGGAACCAGCCGGGCAUCUUCCGGUCCGCCUGUCCGAUGGACACCAGUCUCUUCCCUUUUGACGAACAGGUCUGUGAGCUGUAUUUUGGCUCGUGGGUUCACCCGGUCACCCGACUCAAUAUAACAGCAACACCAACAGUGGACAGAGAACAGUACCAACAAAACGAACAGUUCAUACUAGAAGAGCCAAGCGAGAUCUACACUGAGCGUCGCUGUGCCUACUACAAGUUCAACCUGAUCCAGCCUUGGGUCAUUCUCAUGAUCCUCAACAUCGCAGCAUUCUACAUACCAGCGGACUGUGGAGAACGGCUGGGAUUCACCAUCACCAUCAUGCUGUCACUGGUCCUGUUCCAGGAGGUGGUGGCCCAGCAGUUACCGCAGACCUCCACCACAAGACCGCUCAUGUCUCGGUUCUUCGCAAUGGCGACUGGACUGGUUGGCUUCACGAUCAUGGCCACCAUCCUGAUCACCCGCCUGACGUACUGCACCCUCCCGUCCCGCCUGCUGUGCCACCGCAUCCGCCGCGUGCUGAUCGAUAAGGUAGCCCCUCGCCUGGGCAUGGGCAUCAGCCAACCACCCAAAAAACUCUCCAUGUCUUUCUCAGACCCAAAUUUUUGUAACGAAAUGCCGAAAUUGUCACGUAGUUGCAGCGUACGCGAAGUUAACACGGAGCAUCUCAUCAAAGACAUUGCAGUUUUUUGCCGUGGUUUCACCCAAUAUCUGAAGGAAAAGAACGACCGAAUGGAUGAGUUAGACGAGUGUAAAAUGGCAGCACUGGUCCUGGAUCGUAUUUUCAUGAUCAUUGUUGCCACUCUGUCAAUCGCUCAAUGUUUCUACUUCUUGGCCAUGGAGCCUAAAUCCUGUUAGACCAUUGCAUAUAUUGUAACGCUGAGCAGUCGCAGUCUUUUGCCGUGGUUUCACUCAAUAUCUGAAGGAAAAGCAUGAACGAGUGUAAAAUGGCAUCUCUGGUCUUGGAUCGUAUUUUCAUGAUCAUUGUUGCCACUCUGUCGAUUGCUCAAUGUUUCUACAUUUUGUACUUCUU